AUGGAAAAGCUCGUUUCCGACCUUGAUCCGGAGCAGGUUGAAGCGCUGACAGACCUGAUGACGCUGCUGCAGCAAAGCGCCGCAGCCAAUGGUCGUACCGAAAACGUCGCUUCCGACGGCCCGGGACUGCUUCAGCAGAUGCAAACGGCGUUCUCGAAUUUCAGCACCAUGGUCAUCGGGCACUUUCAGGACCUUCCUGAUCUGUUUUCCGGUAUGAUUUCAAGUAUCGGGGCUCUCGUGUCGGGCACCGUCGCCGGUCCUAUCCACAUACUGAUCGGCGCAAUCGCCAUCAUUCUGGCAGCAGGCUUUGCAGCGGAAUUUCUGGUCAACCGAUUGACAGCUGCCAAACGCGACACGAUCCAGAACAAAUCCCCUGAAAACCUGUUUGAGACGGUCAAACUGGUCUCCACGCGUGCGGGGCUCGAUCUUGGUGGGCUGCUGAUUUUUGCCCUUGUCGCGCUGAUUGUGGGACGCAUUGCCAUUUUCGAUCCGGUCACGCGGUUCUUUGCCCUGCAAGCCGUCUUCUGGAUCGUCUUCAUGCCCCGGCUGAUCGCCGCCCUCCUCCGCUUUGCACUUGCACCAAACCGUAGUGAACUUCGCCUUGUUACAGCGGAUGAUCCGACCGCCAGGUCGCUUUAUCACAAUUUCACAACCCUGUUUGCGGUGGUCGGCGUGGCCUUCUUCCUGCGGAACGUCAUGGAGGGCGCGGGAGCGGAAGCCGGCGGAACGUUCCGUUUCUUCGUCGGCUUCGGCGUGAAUGCCUGGAUUAUCGCGGUUAUCUGGAAGGCGCGGCACGGAUUGACCAGCAUCAUACUGGGCGACGACGAAGAUCCGACGUCCGGCCUUGAGCGCAUGGCCCGGUUCUGGCCCUACUUCUCAAUGGCCUUUAUCGCAUUCAACUGGCUGCUGGUGCAGUUUACCGCAAGCAUGGGGGUCGAAGCGCUGACCGCCGGACGUUCUCUCGCCGUCAUCGUCCUCGUGGUCUUUGCACCGUUUCUCGACACGAUGGUGCGCGGCAUCGUUUCGCACAUCGUGCCGCCCAUGCAGGGUGACGGUCCUGUUGCUGAAGCUGCCCAUCUUCAGACACGGCACAGCUAUGUCCGCAUCGCACGCGUCGCUCUGCUUGCCUUUCUGAUCCUGGUUGUCGGACGGAUUUACGGGCUGAACCUCCUCGCCCUUGGCGGCGAUGACGGCUCGGCAGUUGCGCGUAACAGCGUUAUCUUUCUCCUGAUCCUGGCCGCAGGUUACCUGGCCUGGGAAGUCACCAACCUCUGGGUUGCGCACCAGCUGGCGAAAGAUUCGCCGCCCGCCGAGACGCAGGACGACGACGCGGAAAUGGGCGGGGCCGGCAAGUCGCGUCUUGCCACCAUACUGCCUCUGAUGCGUGUCGUCCUUCAGGUCACCAUCAUCACGCUUACCGGCCUCUUGGCGCUCAGCCAGCUCGGCAUCAACAUCACGCCGCUGCUGGCCGGUGCCGGCGUCAUUGGCCUGGCAAUCGGCUUUGGUGCCCAGACCCUGGUUCAGGACGUCGUUUCCGGCGUGUUCUUCCUGAUGGAUGAUGCCUUCAGGCUGGGAGAGUUCAUCGAUACCGGCGGCACACAGGGCACGAUCGAGAAAAUUUCGAUCCGGUCACUGCAAUUGCGCGGCACGAAAGGUGCCGUUCAUAUCGUGCCCUACGGCCAGAUCCCCAAACUCACCAACCUUUCCCGCGACUGGGUGAUCAUGAAGCUGAAAUUCACGGUUCCAUUCGAUACGGAUGUCGAGAAGGUCCGCAAGCUUUUCAAGAAGAUCGGCCAGGAAAUAAUGGAAAUGGAGGAGUUCAAGGACGACCUGCUGGCACCGUUCAAGGGCCAGGGCGUGGCGGACGUCGACGAUGUCGGCAUCGUGGUGCGCGGGAAGUUUACCACCAAGCCUGGCAAGCAGUUCGGCGUGCGCAAGGAAAUCUACAAGCGCGUUCAAAAAACCUUCGAGGAAAACGACAUUCAGUUUGCCCGCAAGGAAGUCCGCGUGCAGCUACCCGAAAACGCCAAUCUGGACGAGAAACAGAAGGAAGCGCUUGCGUCAGCAGCGGCGGCAGCGUCCGCGGCCGAAGACAAGAAGCCUGCGGCGGGAUAG